AUGCUGCAAUACCACCCCGGGCCUGUGGGGGUGGACCCUGACAUGCUGCAGUACCACCCCGGGCCUGUGGGGGUGGACCCUGACAUGCUGCAGUACCACCCCGGGCCUGUGGGGGUGGACCCUGACAUGCUGCAGUACCACCCCGGGCCUGUGGGGGUGGACCCUGACAUGCUGCAGUACCACCCCGGGCCUGUGGGGGUGGACCCUGACAUGCUGCAGUACCACCCCGGGCCUGUGGGGGUGGACCCUGACAUGCUGCAGUACCACCCCGGGCCUGUGGGGGUGGACCCUGACAUGCUGCAGUACCACCCCGGGCCUGUGGGGGUGGACCUUGACAUGCUGCAGUACCACCCCGGGCCUGUGGGGGUGGACCCUGACAUGCUGCAGUACCACCCCGGGCCUGUGGGGGUGGACCCUGACAUGCUGCAGUACCACCCCGGGCCUGUGGGGGUGGACCCUGACAUGCUGCAGUACCACCCCGGGCCUGUGGGGGUGGACCCUGACAUGCUGCAGUACCACCCGGGCCUGUGGGGGUGGACCCUGACAUGCUGCAGUACCACCCCGGGCCUGUGGGGGUGGACCCUGACAUGCUGCAGUACCACCCCGGGCCUGUGGGGGUGGACCCUGACAUGCUGCAGUACCACCCCGGGCCUGUGGGGGUGGACCCUGACAUGCUGCAGUACCACCCCGGGCCUGUGGGGGUGGACCCUGACAUGCUGCAGUACCACCCCGGGCCUGUGGGGGUGGACCCUGACAUGCUGCAGUACACCCCGAGCCUGUGGGGGUGGACCCUGA